CAAAGCGUAAAAAUCGAUGCCAUCUUCAGCUCCAGACUCGCACUUGCUUCAAAACGUGGUGUAUAUGGGCCCUGAGCUGCAACACUGUCAACGUCAGUCACGGUCAUUCACGAGGUCGUUUCCCACAAGUAUGCCUGCAGUGUUUCCGGCCCCGGGUGGUCCAUCUCCUAAGAUCAAUAUCUCCUCUGGCGUCCUACCACCAUACAUUACACCCACUCAAGCCCCUACGAGAAAGUCACCAUGGGGGACGAUUCGCGAUGUUGGCUUCGUUCAAACGGCUGACAUGGCUCUGCCAGAGGAGCUAUACGACAUCCUGUGGCGUCACAUCGAAGCUUCAACACCCCCCGUUGCGUACGCGAAGGUGAUUAUGAAACUCGAAGAUGUCCUCCAGGGGGGAUUUUUCAACCAGUAUAUCAAGCAAGGUAACAUCAUGAUGCUUUCCGAAGGCGAAGCCGGUGUGGACGAAGUCAUCUCUCUGAUUGAAGGCGUCCUACGGCUGGAGCUCUCCAAAGAAGUCUACGAGCGUGCUGGUCUACAAGGAACUCCGGUUCCAUCUGGUGGGCGCAAGCACGUCAAGUCAAGAUUUCUCGUCGAAAUCAAUCUCCGACUCCCAUCCAUGCUUCACGGCAAGAAAGGGUUCGAACGGCUCCUGUGGACAGCGAAGAACGUGCUGAACAAAAGCUUGAACUGGAUCUUCCUGGACCUAGAUCAACCCAAAGAUCCCGAUCCCUCAAAGCAGCCCAUAGCGGUAUAUCACCCGACCAUGCAGCCUCUUCAGCCCACAACUCACACGCUAUCGAAUGUACCAUCUCCAUCCACCUUGACCGCUGUCCUCCCAAUUCCACCGCAACAUGCACCAUCGGAAGAGACGCAAGAAACGCUCUUCGAUCUCCUAGAAUACCUCGACAUGCUUGCUCUUACCUCACCACAAGUCCAAACUUCAGACACAACUGAUCCCUUCAUAAGUCGAUACGAAGUACCAGAUGUCGAAUGGGACAACUCCAGUCAAACAUCGCACAAUGUCAAAGUUGUAAAAUGGACAGGACUGAUUUCAAUACAGUGGGUUCUCGAACUCUUAUGCACAGUAAUGCCUGCCGCUCAGCUUGGAAUCAUCCCAUCGGCUCUUCUGACCAUGCCUAGAAAGCAAUCACGAACACAGGAUCUCCAAAACUUGACGACACAAUCACAAUGGCUUGCACUGAGCGUAUCAGCGCACAAGACGCAGGUGACGGGACAGACCGAUGGAUGUACCCUACUAUUGCAGCCACAAUCCGGCACUGACGAGCAAUUCCCUGAAGACGACGGUACCGAUGCUGCAGCUGAUACUGCAGCUGAUACUGCAGCGAGCGCUGAACCCCAAGUCGAAAGUGAGAGUGGUCCUGGGGCUGAAAAGGACACUGAGAUGACGGACCCAAGGGCUGGUGGGCGUCCUCAACCUCAAAAACCAGCAAGUCGAAAAGGAUUUCAACGCUUCCUUUGCGCCGAGUACGUUGACAGCUUGACCUGA